AUGGAGGUGAAGCGGUCGCAGCAGUGGAAGUACGUGCUGCUGGCGGCGGUGGGGGGCGUGCUGGCACUGCUGCGGCUGAUCAGCCCCGUGCAGGCCAGCUGCCUCGUCAUGCUCGCUUACAUCCUCUCGCGCCGCCACUCCAACGAGAUCCAGCGUCAGUUUGAACGCGCGGAGGCCGCCAAGGAAGCGCAGCGGAAGGCGGAAGAGGAGGCACUGGCGGCGCUUCCCGCGCGGAAGCGGAAGGCGAUUCAGCGCGCGCGGGCGAAAGAAGCGGCGAGCGCGGAGCAAGCAGCGGAAGAUGCAGCGGAGGUCAGUGACGACGGUAGCGACCAAUAG